AUGCACUUAACGGCAGCACUUACCCUUUUCUUUGCUGCCGCUCAGGCAAGCCCUCCCAUCCAGCAGGUCAUCGGAACCAGUGGGAGAUCCCUGCACCGAUGGUCACUGGAUGAUAUCGUUACCUCUUACUUUGGAGACGCCUCCAAGUGUUGUCCUAAGGGAACUCAAUUCGACGGCGAGAGAUGUGUUCUCGACGGUCCCAAGUGCGACAAUGGCAAGCUCGUCGAUGGGAAGUGUGUAACCGACCCCAUUUGCCCUGUCGGCCAAUGGAAUGGCCAGUUCUGUGUCUCGACAGAGGGCCGCAUUUGCCCUGACGGCCUGAAGCCCAGUGGGAAUGUUUGUGUCUAUGAGUCCGGUCCUACAUGUAGGGAUGGCUCAAAACCAGACGGUGAUGUUUGUGUCUCCAAGGGCACCCCGAAGUGUGACAAUCCCGGCGACGAGUUCAAGGGCGGAGUCUGUGUCAGUACCAAGAAGCCAGUCUGCAAGGAUGGAUCGCAGCCCAGUGGCGGACUGUGCGUCAGUGAGAAGCCUCCAGUCUGUGGCGCUGAUUCCGAGUGGGCCCCCGAGCUCAAGAAGUGCGUUUCUGGAACGCCUCCUACCUGCAAGACUGGCAAGUUCGACAACGGCUUUUGUGUUUCUGACUCAGAUCCAGUAUGUAUCGAUGAUGAAAGCAAGUUCAACCGGAAGACUGGCUUCUGUCACUCAGAUAUUACGCCCGGCUGUGGAGACGACGCUGAGCUCCAGGAUGGAAAAUGCGUUGGCAACAUUAAGCCGACUUGCAAGGAUGGAUACACUUACAGUUACGAUUUGGCGUCUCAAACUGGCCAAUGCUGCUCGUCUGGUAUGAACUGGGAUGGGGAAGCUUGCUAUUCCAUUCCCAGCCUGGACGGGUGCCCCUCCGACACCACCCAGGGCAAGGACCGCUGUACGAAGCCAUCUGAUGGCCUUGCCUAUUGUCCACCCGAAUUUAGAGAGAGCAAGGGCCAAUGUAUCGGCAGAGGUCCUUUCUGCCCUCCCAUGCUCAACUAUGAGCCCAGUCUCAAUGCCUGCGUCGAGGAUGAGACUCCCGAAUGUUUGGAACCCGGCAGCAAGCUCGAGAACGGCAGGUGUAUUUUGGAGCUCACCCCUGAAUGUCCCAAGGGCUCUCGCCAGGAGGGCAGCUACUGUAUUGCGAUAAUCAAACCCUACUGUGAGGGUGAAAACGAAGGGAAAGCCCACUUUGACGGUACCAAGUGUGUUUCCAAUGAGACCCCUGAGUGUGAGGAUCCGAGCGCCAACUUUGACGGUGAGGAGUGUCUUACUGGUCGUAAGCCGGUCUGCGACGAGGCCAAUGGAUUCUUCCUCCAAGGUGGCCGCUGCGUGUCGACAAAGACCCCCGAAUGUCCUGACGGUGGCAAGCUCACUGCUAAGGGCGAGUGUGUUUCCAAGAGAAAGCCCAAGUGUAAGACUGGCGACCUCAUUGGCAAGGAUUGUGUGGUUGGUCAUGUCAAUUGUCCCAAAGGAACCUGGGAUGGCGAGAGCUGUGUCGUUGAAGAAGAACCCAGGUGUCCUCCCAAUCAUAAAUGGAUCCCCUGCAAGAACAAGUGCGUCUCCUUUGAAAAGACUCAAUGUGAAAAGGGCUAUUACCCGAAGAACGGAGAAUGUGUCUCCAAGCACGACCAGAUUCGUUGCGACGAUGGCGCGGAGUGGGACCCCAAGACCCAGACCUGCCUUGGAACUAAGCCCGAGUGUGAAGACGGUAGUGUCCCGGAGGGAGGCGAGUGUGUCUCUCAGGAGAUCCCCAGGUGCCCAGAUCCCGAGCGAUUCGAAUUCAACGGUAAGAAGUGUGUGCUCAAGAAGGGCCCUGACUGCGCUCCAGGUUUCAGACUGCUCAAGGGCGAGUGUGUUUCAGAAAUAGGCCCUGUCUGUGGCUACGGCCAGGUUCCAAAGGAUGGCCGCUGUGUUUUAGUCUCGGGUGACUGCAUGGAGUUUGAGUUCUGCCCUACUUACAAGCCUCUGCGGUAA